AUGUUACCUCGACUGAUUCAAAAUGAAAGAAUUUUGGAUAGACUAAUACCAUUAUUUUACGAUCAAACACUAGAAAAUCGAACGAUCGAUUGUUAUAGUACGGCUGAAUAUCCGAAUCCAUGUUACGGUGGCUAUUGCCUAGCCUUUACGCAAUCGUCCAACACCAAUGGCGUCUAUAAAGAUUGUGUUUACCCAACUGCGGGUCAGUUUGCAGCAAAUUAUUCAACCUACUCAUCAUUUGUAUUUCGUGUAUAUCCCACACCGUCAGUUGACGACUCCGGUCCGAUCGAAGAUACGAUUGUUCGUUUACAAUGCAACCGAGAUAAUUGCAAUAAGCGAGAGAUGAUGGAUCAAGCGCAAGCGAUCGUAGAUGAGUAUAAUGCAACAGUAAGCGAUAUAAGUACCAGCGAGCAACCAACAACGGUAACACUUUCCAUAAACACAAGAGGAACACCUUCAUCAGGCACGUAUAAUUCAACCGAGCAAAGCCGUACCACCACAAAUAUCACUAGGGCCACAAAACCGACCGUGCUAACUGGCA